AUGAAAAAUAGAUUAGUUAACGGGUCUAUGCCAGAAAUUAAAUUUAAAGAAAUAUAUAAAAUUGAUACUUUUGAUUUUAAAAGUCAAAAGAUUAUUCAUACUAUUGAAUCCGCUACUUCUGUUAGUAACAAGCAUGAAACUAUUAAUUUGUUAAAUAAAAAAUUAUUAGAAACGCAUUAUAGAGAAGGUUAUCGCUAUAUCCAUCUAGGAUUAAUUCAGAUAGCUAUAAAACCAUUACAUAAACUAGGGUUAAACACCCCUAUAUUGCUAGUUCUUCGAGACACUAGAAUUAAAGACUUUCAUAAUUCAACUAUUGCUAUAGUUGAAUCAAAUCUUAACGAUGGUCCAGUCUACUUUAACUGCCAUCCCAAUUACUCUAUGAGCUUGGCUGAUGAAUUCACUAAGAAUUCAUUAGUUAUAUACGUUCAAGGUCUAUGUGAUAAUUUUAAUCCUGGAGUUGCCAAUAUUGACGUUAUUAGUAGAAUUACCUACAAAGUCUCUAAUGUUAAUUAUGAUUUUAAAUUACUCAAAACUACUCCAAGAAAUUAA